CUCUGACUCUGGUAACGUGACUUCCUGGUAACGUGUUAGGUAGGAAAAGCAGUAAAAAAGUGCAUAUUAAGGGAGCAGAUUUGAAAUAAUAUUUAUACUUAACAAGAAAUAAUUAAAGGUUCAAUGGGGAGACCUAAAGAUUUACGCAUAUGGGAGCACUACCGUACUUUACCAAACAAGUCUGUUUCUUGCAAGCUUUGUAAUAAGGUCUACAAAUUCAGUAAUGCUGCCAAAAUGCUUCAACAUCUUAUCACUUGUCCAAAAUCUCCAGAAACAUUAAAAGACUCUAUGAAACUUAUAAAAGAUAGCUCGUCCAAAACCAAAAUGUCUGGACUGUCAGAGAUAGAGACAAAUGAUUCUUUUAUAAGCCCCUCGUCGUCUGCUAACACUACAAUAAAUGCUGAGUUUCAAGACACCGAUGAUCAUAUAAAAACAGAAUUAGCGAGAGCUAUAUUUGUAACAGGGACGCCAUUAUCGAUGGUGCAACAUCCUUUAUGGAUACAAUUUUUCGAAAAAUUGCAACCAAAAUUUAAAAUACCUUCACGUAAAGCUUUAGCGACAAAAUACUUAGAUAAAAUAUAUAGAGAAAUGCGUUUUGAGUUAAAUGAGGAACUAAAUGCUUGUAGUUACUUACACCUUCAGUGCGAUGGCUGGUCUAAUUUAAGAAAUGAAGGAAUAAUAAACUUUCUUAUAUCAAAACCUCAACCUGCAUACGUUAAAAGUUUGAAUACAGAAAGUAAUCCUCACACUAGUGAAUACCUUAGCCAAGAAGUUGAAAAAGUAAUGAAAGUGUAUGGAGCAAAUAAGUUUCUUGUACUUAUUGGCGAUAACGCUAGAAAUAUACAAAAGGCAUUCGAAUUAACAAAACUCAAAUAUCCACAUGUUGUUCCUCUCGGUUGCUGUGCACAUAUCCUUAACUUGUUGUGCCAAGAUAUUGUAAAGAUACAAGAAGUAACUGUGUUUAUUAUGCAAGCCAUAAAUAUAAUAAAAACUGUUAAAAGGAGUCAACGAUUAAGUUCCUUGUUGAUAAAAUCAAGGCAGGGUGAAGAUUCUACACAAACACUAAAAUUGCCUUGUGCUACAAGAUGGGGAAGUCAUGUUACUUCGUUAAAAAGUUUGAAAGCAAAUAAGAUAGCUUUGCAAAUAUUAACAGUUAGAGAAGAUGUGGUAAUUUCAAGAGAUAUUAAAGAUUUAAUUCUAAGUGAUGAUUUCUGGACGAAGACAGGGGAAUGUAUAAGUAUUUUGGAACCAGUCACUGAAAGCAUAUUUUACUUAGAGAGCGACCAGAAUCGUUUGCAUCGCACAUACAUUACAUUUAGAGAUGUACAAGCUAAGAUACGUUUUGCAUUAAAUGAGAUUUCGACAUUGAGCGAAGAAAGCAAACAGCAGAUUCUAACAUCAGUAUCUUCAAGAUGCAAUAUGGCAAUGAGGCCAAUACAUUUUGCAGCAUAUAUUCUAGACCCCAGGACUCUAGGAGUCGAACUUACUCAAGAGGAAGAACUUAAGGGUAUGGAGUUUAUCUACAAUUUAAGCCAACACUUAAGUUUGUCAAAUGUAAUGGCAGAUUUGGCGUGUUAUAAAGCUAAAGAAAACUUUUGGGCCAGAGGAUUUGUAUGGAGCUCAUUAGAUAGCAUUGAGCCCCUAAUAUGGUGGAAAGGUAUUUGUGGUUCCACUGAGUUAAGCAAAGUAGCGAUUCGUAUUCUAUCAGCUCCCUGUACUUCGGCAGCCACUGAGCGUUCCUUUAGUAUCCAAGGCUACAUACAUAAUAACAAAAGAAAUCGACUUACAACUGAAAGAACUGAAAAAAUUUCAUUCAUUUGUUAUAACUGGAAUCUUAAACAUAAAGCUGAAUGCGAGGACAUUCAGUUUAAUGAAGAAAAUACCUUAGAAGCUUUCAUUGAGCAAGUAAAUGAACAUAACAGUUUAGACGAAAUAGAGCCUAUCGAACCUAUACAAUUCAUCGCUUGUAAUAACUCUGAAUCUGACAGUGAUUGACUGUAGUUUUACAUUUUACUUUCAUCUCUUUCUUAAUAAACUCAAAAUCAAAUUAAAAGUUUUUUAUUCUGUAGGCUGCAUAAUAAUAUUGUCUAUGUCCAGUAUAGUGGACGUCUUGCGGCUGAGAUGACGAUGAUGAAGUACAAAAUCAUAAACACCCAAAAAUUUGGGUGUUUAUGGGGUUUAAACCCAAUAAACCCAAAACACCCGGUUUUUACCCACCAGACUUUAAACCCACCCAGGUGGAUUGCCCAUCUC